AUGUCUUCUCUCCAGACAACAAUGACCUCCAAUUUCAGUUCAAAUUGCGACGAAUUUCGAUGGGUGAUCAACAUUCGUAGAUUCCUUGAUGAAGAGCUAGAAGAUGAUAUUGAAAUUCCGGUCUCUAUCUUUAAUGUUCCGAAAGCACUGAUGUCCAGUAGCCCUGACUGUUACACCCCGCAGCAGGUUGGUAUCAGUCCUUAUCAUUAUUGGCGACCAGACCUUUAUGAGAUGGAGAGAUAUAAGCUAGCUGCAGCGAAAAGAACCCAAAAGCAAUUGCAGUGUCCUACAUUUGAAGAUCUUGUUGAACAACUGGAACAGGUUGACCCAAGGAUUCGAGCUUGUUAUCACAAGUACUUGGAUCUGGAUUCUGAAACUUUAGCUUGGAUGAUGGCCAUUAGUACGUCAUUUUUGCUCGAGUUUCUUCAAAUCUAUGUUUUCCAUGAAGGAAAGACUUUAUCAUCAGAAGUGUGCUCGAGAAUGUCCCAUUUGGUUGAUCAUGCAGGAGCAAAAUCAGCUCACAAUUCGAUUCUCAGAGACAUUAUGAUGCUUGAGAAUCAGAUUCCAUUGUUUGUACUGCGAAAGGUGCUAGAAGUCCAAUUCUCGUCGUUGGAAGCAGCCGAUGAUUUGUCGCUUUUGAUGUUAAGGGGACUAUGUCGAGAGCUCUCCCCUUUCAAAAUGAUGAAGAACUUGCCAAAGAUUGAUAUCUCCAAGUGUCCUCAUGUUCUAGACUUCCUGUACAAUAUGAUCGUGCCGAAACUGGAAGAACAGUCCGAACCAAUCCAACAACCGGAGGAUCAAAAUAAAGAAACCACAAAAGACAAACAAAGCAAUCCUGUGCUGGACUCAAGUUAUGCGAAGUGGCUCUUGAGUGAGAUAUGGAAGAUGUUCUCAACUAUGAAUUGUGCUCCAACACGGCUAAUCAAAGCAGCCCUGAAGUCCGGACCUGUUAGACUCAUACUUAACUUGCCCUGGAAAAUCCUCUCUAACCUCCCUGGAUUUUCGAUCCUGAGAAAACCAAUCGAGUACUUAUGCUUCAUAAAAGAGAAGGAAGAAGAGGUUAUAUCAUCUGCAAGCAAUUUCAGCAUCCAUAAACCACCUCUUAUAGAGGAGAUCGCAAUCCCUUCCGUAGCUGACCUCUCAAAAGCUGGUGUCCGUAUUUUGCCAACUAAUGGUAACAUUUCAACCAUCAGUUUUGAUGUCACGACUGUUACUUUAUACCUCCCCAUGGUCUGCUUAGACAUUAACACAGAGGUUGUCUUGAGGAACUUGGUGGCAUAUGAAGCAUCAAAUGCGUCAGGGCCUCUAGUGUUUACUCGCUAUACUGAAUUAAUGAAUGGGAUUAUUGAUACUGAGGAGGAUGUCAAAUUGCUAAGAGAAAGGGGCAUUAUUCUGAACCAUUUGAAGAGUGACAAAGAGGCUGCAGACAUGUGGAAUGGGAUGAGCAAGUCCAUCAGGCUGACCAAAGUCCCUUUCUUGGAUAAAGUGAUUGAAGAUGUUAACAAAUAUCACAAUGGCAGAUGGAAUGUUAAAGCCACAGACUUCUUUAAGCAGUAUGUUUAUGGUUCCUGGCAGUUUCUCACAUUGCUGGCCGCAAUUAUGCUCCUGUUCCUGAUGACAUUCCAGGCCUUUUGCUCGGUUUAUAGCUGCUCUCAAGUCUUUCGAAUCCAAACCUCGGACUGACAUAUCUGGUGCAUCUUCAUGUAUACAUAAAUCAAGCUAAUAUAUAGGUAGGA